CCUAUUGCAAAGCCCAUGAGGGAAACCGCUGCUCAGGUGCUGCCCCCACGACCUGCUGUUUUUACAAGGAGCUGGACACGAUACUUGGGGGUGACCCCACUGCCAAUCCAACGACCACGAUGGACAGUUCAGAGCAGGGAGAGGAGAGGGAGGUGGGGGGGGGAAGAAACCGAGAGUGAGUGUACUGGGGUGGGGGGAGACACCCCAGAGUCCCAGGAGGCAUGCAGCCAGGAGCUCUUCUCAAGCCAGGAGGAAGAUAGCCAGUCGCAGCAGCUGGAACUUGUUGGUGAAGAAGAAGCAGAGGAGCGGGUUCCCGUGUCCUUGACUAGUACUAGUAACAUACCGGCCCUAUCACAGACUGCUGAAAAGCUACAAAACCUGAGGAGGAAACCAAGAAAAAGCAAAGAAGAUUUGGUGAAAGCAGUUAUGAAUCAGUCUGCCAGAGAGAGCAAGAGGCUUCAGGACUGGAGAGAAAAGAUUCAGCAGUGGAGGGAAACACAAAGCAGGAGAAAGGAAUUGGCUAAGAAGAAAAGCACUAAGCAGCUGAUAAGCCUCCUGGUGCGCCAAACGGACUGUAUGCAGUCACUGGUAGCCAUGCAGGCAGAGCACUACCAUGCUGACCGCCCCUCUGUCCCAAAGCUCUCUCCCUUGUGCCUCAAUGUCAGCUCAAAACCCCCUUCUCCAGCUUCCAGGUUCUUACCACCACCAGCUGCCCCCAACACCUGUACGUUCACCUACCAGCCCUGAGAACUACGACCCUUACCCUAUGCACUCAACCCCCAACAUCAUGCAGCAUUUUCAUCCUGAA